AUCCCCUAGAACCACUAUGUCAUCAGAUGACAAAGAUAAAAAAUAUUCGUAAAUUCAUUUUUAUGUUAAUAAUUACAAGAAGUUGAUUUUCUGCAAGCAAAACGAAUCAAAACCAUGUGUUUUCUUUCCUUAACGAUGUAAUUUCAGUGUUGUUAGCUCUUUAAAUUUGAAAAAGUGUCCCAGUUGUGAAGUUAAGGUUAAGUUGUGACAAUGUCGAGACAACAAGAGACUCCCGGAGGUUACAUGGACGGUGUCAGAGUGAAAAUAUCAGAAAAAUAUAAGCCCCCUCCACGAAUAGGGCUUGCAAUGUCCUACGCACAAAGACUCUCUUUGAACAAACAAAUCCAAGAUACGAUACCGCACUACGAGUUUGUUCUAGAAAAGACUGUUAUAGAAAAAAUGAAGGAGUGGAGAACUGCUAGAUCUGUGAUGUUUCAACAAUUGAAUGAGCGAUUAGAGAAGGCGAGAGAGGAGAGAAAGCGACAAGACGAACUAAACGACUAUCAACUUGAAGAAGAGAUCGAAGUUUCAACCCCUAGUCAAUGUUACCAACAAAAUCAAUCAAUGUUGAUGCCUAUCAAAGCCACCUAUUCUACUAUACUAACCCCCGCGAGUCAAACAGAUAAAAGUCCGUUUAAUAUCUCUGAUUUUGAAGCAGACACUUCAAGUCCGUUCGAUAACAUGGAGUUAAAGUCAAUCAACGAUUUGGAAGAGUUAGCGCAAGUUUUAAAAGGAGAAGAAUCUAAACCCGUGAAUUACUCAACGCCGUCUAGCACUAAUCUAGCUUAUCCAAUGGUGGGGCCGAGUAACUACACUUAUAGCAUUCCUAGUUCCACCAGUUACGUCCCAUCGUCACUUUACUCAAACCACAACGGCUACUACUACCCCCCUGAGACGAUACAAGCCUACAACCCCCCCUACCAACCUGAAACUAAGUAUAGUUGUUCACCUCAAGACUAUAAAAGUAUACCAGAUAUUAUGAAGACUUUACAAAACGAACUCGAUAAUACGCAUAUAGACAAUACGCGGAAUAGAACUGACGUUUUUCCUAAACGAAGCGAUGAUUCCACCGACGAAUUUACUUCUUUACCAAAGAAUAUGCAAGAUUUGUCAAAGUCGAUCAGUUCGAUGGGAUUCCCCCUGUCCAGGGUCGCCCGAGUGUGCAAAAUACUAGGCAAUGACCAGAAAAAGGUGGUGGAGCAUUUGUUGGCAAUGUCCGAUUUGCUAGAUUUAGGAUUCCCCGAGAAUAGAGUAUCGAAAGCCCUCCUUGAAUGCGAUAACGAUAGAGAUAAAGCUUUGGACAUUCUUAUUUCGUAGCACCUAUCACGUGGCUGUGGCGAUGUUUAAUCAUGUUAUUUAUAAUUAUUUAUUUGUAAAUAUUCAAUCGUGAGGUAAGAAGCGGAUCUGCAAUAAAACCUAUAUUGUGUAAUGUUAAAUAGUUAUUUCUUUCAGUAUUUUGAAUACUCGCGAUGAAAAGUGCAUUUUUCCUUGGUGAUUGUACCAGUUUUAUAUUUUAAGCUUUUAUAAACAUCUGUACGAUUAUCAGAAAAUACUCAAGAUUAUAAAUAAAUACAUAGUUAAUUUAUCUGUAGUUUUU